UGCUGCAGCUUUCUGUCCAGCUGGUCUGAUCCUCGUCAGCCUCUAACCGCUGCUGUCUGCAGAUCACAGAGACGUUAUUAACACAGUAAUAUCUGGUUAUAACACCCCAGGCUGCUGUCGGACCCUCGGGGACCCGGUCCCGGAGGAACCUCUGAGUUAGAGCCGGUAGUUAGUGGCAUGCCGGGAGGCUGAGCUAGCAGGCUAACAGCUAGCAGGCUAACAGCUAGCAGGCUAACAGCUAGCAUGCUGAGGAGCCUCUGAGGAUGGAGGAUAAAUACAGCAGCAACGUGCUGUCUGGAGGGAAACUGGGCCUGGUGGAGCUCCCCAACUCCAGGCUGAGCCGGUACGUGGUCCUGCUGGUGCUGACGAAGGUCCUGAAGGCUCUGGGGAUCUUUGAGUCUUAUGACAUCCUGAAGGUUGUUCACAUCGUCCAGUUCAUCUUCAUCCUGAAGUUAGGGAGUGCUGUUGUUCUGCUUUUCUUCCAAAAGCCGUUCUCCUCUGGGAAAGUCGUCUCAAAGAGACAGUGGAUAAAGUUAGUAAAGCAUGCGGUGUUCAGCUGUGUCGUCUCCCUGCUGGGGUUCUUCGGCCUGACUCUGUGUGGCCCUCUCAGGACGUUGCUGCUGUUUGAGCACAGUGACGUGGUGGUCAUCGCCCUGCUGGGGGUCCUGUUCACCAGCUCCGGAGGAGGACCCUCCAAGACGAGAGGAGCUGCUCUCUUCAUCAUCGCUGUCAUCUGCCUCCUCCUCUUCGAUAACGAUGACCUCAUGGCCAAGAUGGCGGAGCACCCUGAGGGUCACCAUGACAGCGCUCUGACUCACUUCCUGUACACCGCCAUCGCCUUCCUCGGGGUCGCAGAUCAUAAAGGGGGGGUGGUGCUGCUGGUGGCGUCCCUGUGUCUGAAGGUGGGCUUCCACACGGCGUCCAGGAAGCUGUCGGUGGAGCUGGGCGGAGCCAAACGUCUCUACGCCCUGGACAACCUGGUGUCUGCUGCCGUGCUGCUGCCCUGGGUCCUAGUGCUCUCCGCCACCACAGACAGUAAAGUGGACUCGUGGUCGGCUCUCAUCCUGCCGUUCGGGAUGAUCAUCUUCUCCGUGAUGAUCCUGGAGUUCUACGUGGAGGCCGUCUGCAACACCAAGAUGGAGACGCCGCGGUGCGCCCGCUACGGCGCCGUGGCGCUCUUCCUCAGCGCUCUGCUGCUCGCCAACUUCUGGACCCACCCGCUGACCGACCAGCUCCGCUCCAUGAGCAAACCGCCCCAACGGGCUAGCACCGAACACGUCCUGUCGGGGGGAGUCCUGGUCAGCGCCGUCUUCUUCAUCAUGGCCUCCAGUAUUCUGUCUUCUCCAUCAAAGAGAGGCCAGAAGGGGACCCUGGUGGGUUAUUCUCCUGAAGGGACUCCUCUCUAUAACUUCAUGGGAGACGCUCUGCAGCACACGUCCCAGUCGCUGCCUCGCUUCAUCAAAGACUCCCUGAAACAGAUCCUGGAGGAGUACGACUCCAGGCAGAUCUUCUACUUCCUGUGUCUCAACCUGGCGUUCACCUUCGUGGAGCUGUUCUACGGCGUGUGGACCAACAGUCUGGGUCUGAUCUCUGACGGCUUCCACAUGCUGUUCGACUGCUCCGCUCUGGUCCUCGGGCUGUUCGCCGCCCUCAUGACUCGCUGGAAGGCCACCAGGAUCUUCUCCUACGGGUAUGGUCGUGUGGAAAUCCUCUCUGGAUUCAUCAACGGCCUGUUCCUGAUGGUCAUCGCCUUCUUUGUGUUCGUGGAGUCGGUGACCCGGGUGUUGGAUCCUCCCAACAUCAACACAGACAUGCUGACGCCGGUGUCCGUGGGAGGUUUACUGGUCAACCUGGUGGGAAUCUGUGCGUUCAGCCACGCCCACUCCCACGGCAGCAAGAGCUGCUCGUCACACGACCACGCCCACUCGCACCACGGCCACUCCCACAGCGAGCACGGCCACGGAGGCCACGGCCACUCCCACGGCGGACACGGACACGGCGGACACGGCAGCCACGGACACGGCGGCGGACAUGGACACGGCGGACACGGACACUCCCACGGCUCUGGUGGCGGAGGCAUGAACGCUAACAUGAGAGGAGUGUUCCUCCACGUCCUGGCGGACACGUUGGGCAGCGUGGGCGUCAUCAUCUCCACCAUCCUCAUCCGUCAGUUCGGCUGGUUGAUCGCUGACCCCAUCUGCUCGCUCUUCAUCGCCACGCUCAUCUUCCUCAGCGUCAUCCCCCUGCUGAAGGACGCCUGCGAGGUGCUCCUCCUCCGGAUCCCUCCGGAGAACGAGAAGGACCUGAACACCGCGCUGGAGAAGGUGGAGAAGAUCGAAGGCGUGUUGUCCUACAGAGACCCUCACUUCUGGAGGCAUUCAGCCAACAUGGUGGCCGGGACCAUCCACCUCCAGAUCAUGUCUGACGUGGUGGAGCAGAGGAUCGUACAGCAGGUGACGGCGGUGCUGAAGGACGCCGGCGUCAACAACCUGUCGGUGCAGGUGGAGAAGGAGGCGUACUUCCAGCACAUGUCUGGCCUCAGCACCGGCUUCCAGGAGGUGCUGGCCAUGACGCAGCAGAUGGAGUCCAUCAAGUACCUGAAGGACGGCACCUGCAUCAUGUGACCCGCUCCCGUAGGACCCAAUGAGACUUUACUCUUUUUCAUUGAGAUGUACAGUAUCUGUAUGUAUGUGCUUUAAAUAAAUCUGAAUAUAUUGGUUU